AUGACAUUAUCUAUCAAAGAGUUUGCACUUUCUGGCAAAGAAACAAAAGAUGACUAUGCUGAAUUGUUAUUUGGACCUUUGGAGCAAGAAGAAUCACAAAAUUUUGUUAAAGCUAUAACAAAUUACGAUGAAUUUGUGUUGUUGAAGAAGAGCUUUGCCAACUUUCAAUUGAAGAGUUUUCCAGAAAAGAGCUUUGCCAACUUUCAAUUGAAGAGUUUUCCAGAAGUGAAUCAUCUAAUAGACGAGGAAUCAGAUCAUGAAAAUUUUAAAGAGAGUGAACUCGAUCAUUACCUUCGUGAACCUAAUGAAAAAAGAAGCUGUGACCCUUUGACAUGGUGGAAAGAUAGA